ACUUACAAAAAUAUGUCAAGCAAAAAAGAAAAUUUCAUCUCUGAAUAAGAAGGAAAUUUCAAUUAUGAAUAACAAAUUAAAAAGCAUAGAGAUAGCAAGACAAAUGUGUUUGAUAGAUGACAAUAGAAAGAUAGUAUCUGAUGCUGCAAAAGAAAAUAUUGAUACUAAUAUUGUAGAACAAGAUUUUUUGAAAAAUCGAAAUAUAAUAAAAUUAUCAAAUAAUGAUGCAGCUCGAAAAACACGCUUAAGAUCGAUAAGUAGAGAGACACCAUGUUCAUCUAAGGAUUAUUGUACUGAAUAUAACACAUCUGAUGAUAAAUCACCAGUUUCAAUGCGCAAUGUAUCUCCAUCAGAAUUAUAUGAAAUGAGUCCAAUUACUUCUCAUAUGACAGCAUUUAUGUCUACUCCUUGCUCAUCUCGUCGAACAGAUAGUGUAGUAUCAGAUAUAACUGAAGUAGCCUUUGAUAUAAAAGCUUUUGAAAAAAAAGUUUACAUAUUUAACCAAGAAAUCAGUAGUAAAUUAGACGUUAUUAUUAUGAAUCAAUGCAGAUUAAAUCGCUAUCUCCUUCCACAUGAGAAACGAAUAGUAAGACCGGCAGAUCUUCCAGCACUUCCACUAACAACACAGGAAGAAUUAAAAAAGUUUGAAAAAUAUUUAUCAAAAGAUGAUAACGUGGGAGCAACUGCGCAAUUCUAGAUAAAAGGCCGGAAACAGAAAUUCCAGAAAUUGAUGCGGCAACUUCAUUAUGGUUAAAGCAAGCUCCUUGGCGGCGCCAAGAUGAUGGCAGUAUGGGAAGAAGGACGAAGAAAUAAUAUCAUUAAAUUCGAAAUAUUUGAGAAAAAUAUUUCGUUAGUUAUUUCUCGGCGAAGUUAUUAAAAAUUGCAGAAAAUGUCUAUUUUUUUACGCUCGAUAUAAAAUCAACUGAAGUUUUCAUUUUUUAAAUUGUAUUU